CAGUGCCGCCGAGUAACCUGGUUCUGCGGCGCCGGGCCGGCCCUGCUCCCGCUGCUCGCUCUUUUUGUUUUUCCCUCCUUUCCCCUUUUCUUUUCCUCCCCUUUCCCUCCCCUUCCUUCUUCUCCUCCCCCUUCCCCCGACAGCGCAGCCGGGGCUCGGGCUCGCCUCCUUCGCCCCCCUUUUCCCUCCCCUCGAGCUGCCGCCGCGGUAGGGACCUGGAGAGAGGCGCCGCCUCCGCCGCCGCACACGGAGACAUGUACCCGGGAGCCACCUCCGCCGGACCCGUGCUUGCACCUCCUCCACCGUUGCCACCACCAGUACAGGGAUAUGCCUUUAAACCCCCUCCUCGACCAGAUUUUGGCACUUCUGGGAGAACAAUCAAACUGCAGGCCAACUUCUUUGAAAUGGACAUUCCUAAAAUAGAUAUCUACCAUUAUGAAUUGGAUAUAAAGCCAGAAAAAUGCCCUAGAAGAGUUAACAGGGAAAUAGUGGAGCAUAUGGUUCAGCACUUUAAAACCCAGAUUUUUGGGGAUCGCAAACCAGUGUUUGAUGGAAGAAAAAACCUUUAUACUGCUAUGCCGCUUCCCAUUGGGAGAGAUAAACAGGUGGAGCUGGAGGUCACGCUGCCAGGAGAAGGAAAGGACAGAAUAUUUAAGGUGGCUAUAAAGUGGAUGUCCUGUGUGAGUUUGCAGGCAUUACAUGAUGCUCUUUCUGGUCGGCUGCCGGGUGUCCCAUUUGAAACCAUCCAAGCACUGGAUGUAGUGAUGAGGCACUUGCCUUCCAUGAGAUAUACUCCUGUGGGGCGAUCUUUUUUUACAGCAUCAGAAGGGUGCUCCAAUCCAUUGGGUGGUGGCAGAGAAGUUUGGUUUGGCUUCCAUCAAUCAGUCAGACCUUCAUUAUGGAAAAUGAUGUUAAAUAUUGAUGUGUCUGCAACUGCAUUUUACAAAGCACAGCCAGUUAUUGAGUUCGUGUGUGAAGUUUUGGACUUCAAAAGUAUUGAAGAGCAACAAAAACCUCUGACAGAUUCCCAAAGGGUAAAGUUUACCAAAGAAAUAAAAGGUCUGAAGGUGGAGAUAACGCACUGUGGACAGAUGAAAAGAAAGUACAGAGUGUGCAAUGUCACCAGACGUCCAGCAAGUCACCAAACAUUCCCACUUCAGCAGGAGAACGGACAAACAGUUGAAUGCACUGUAGCUCAGUAUUUUAAGGACAGGCACAAAUUAGUUUUACGCUAUCCUCACCUUCCAUGUUUACAAGUUGGACAGGAGCAGAAACACACAUACCUCCCUCUUGAGGUGUGCAACAUAGUGGCAGGACAAAGAUGCAUAAAGAAACUGACUGACAAUCAAACUUCCACUAUGAUUCGAGCAACUGCCAGAUCAGCACCUGACCGUCAAGAAGAGAUUAGCAAAUUGAUGCGGAGCGCGAGUUUCAAUACUGACCCUUAUGUUCGUGAGUUUGGAAUCAUGGUCAAAGAUGAAAUGACAGAUGUGACUGGUCGAGUCCUGCAGCCUCCUUCCAUCCUCUAUGGAGGCAGGAAUAAAGCAAUUGCUACACCAGUUCAAGGAGUCUGGGAUAUGAGGAAUAAACAGUUUCACACUGGAAUUGAGAUAAAGGUUUGGGCAAUCGCGUGCUUUGCUCCCCAGCGCCAGUGCACUGAAGUUCAUCUUAAGUCCUUUACAGAACAACUGAGGAAGAUUUCCAGAGAUGCAGGAAUGCCAAUCCAGGGGCAGCCAUGCUUCUGUAAAUAUGCCCAGGGAGCUGACAGUGUGGAGCCCAUGUUCAGACACCUCAAGAACACUUACACUGGGUUGCAGCUCGUGGUAGUAAUUUUGCCAGGAAAAACACCAGUCUAUGCGGAGGUGAAGCGUGUUGGUGACACGGUGCUGGGGAUGGCUACGCAGUGCGUCCAGAUGAAAAACGUGCAAAGAACAACACCACAGACUCUGUCCAACCUUUGCUUGAAAAUCAAUGUCAAGCUAGGAGGCGUGAAUAACAUUCUACUGCCACAGGGAAGACCACCAGUGUUUCAACAGCCCGUCAUAUUCCUUGGUGCAGAUGUAACUCAUCCUCCAGCUGGAGAUGGAAAAAAGCCUUCCAUUGCUGCAGUUGUAGGAAGCAUGGAUGCUCAUCCUAACCGAUACUGUGCCACUGUUCGGGUCCAGCAGCACCGCCAAGAAAUCAUCCAGGAUUUGGCUGCCAUGGUCAGGGAGCUGCUUAUUCAGUUCUACAAAUCAACUCGAUUUAAACCAACUCGUAUCAUCUUCUACAGAGAUGGUGUUUCCGAGGGGCAGUUUCAGCAGGUCCUCCAUCAUGAGUUGCUGGCUAUCAGAGAAGCAUGCAUUAAACUAGAAAAGGAUUACCAGCCUGGAAUUACUUUCAUAGUUGUGCAGAAAAGGCAUCACACCAGACUCUUCUGUACAGAUAAAAAUGAACGGGUUGGAAAAAGUGGAAACAUUCCGGCUGGUACCACAGUGGACACAAAAAUCACCCAUCCAUCUGAGUUUGACUUUUACCUGUGUAGUCACGCUGGUAUUCAGGGAACAAGCAGACCUUCUCAUUACCAUGUCCUCUGGGAUGACAAUCGUUUCUCUUCAGAUGAACUGCAGAUUCUCACCUAUCAGCUGUGUCACACGUAUGUACGUUGUACCCGUUCUGUUUCCAUCCCUGCACCAGCAUAUUAUGCUCAUCUGGUUGCCUUCAGAGCCCGGUAUCAUCUGGUGGAUAAAGAACACGAUAGUGCUGAAGGAAGCCACACCUCCGGUCAGAGUAACGGCAGAGAUCAUCAAGCACUUGCUAAAGCAGUUCAAGUCCAUCAGGACACCUUGCGCACUAUGUACUUUGCUUGACAUGUUUUAAUGUUUAGCAACUCAGUACAGUACAGAGUUGGAUUCACAUGAGACCAGCUGCACUUAGACCAACAGUUGCCCAAGCUACAGUGACAGCCAGCAAUGAGUGAUGCAUCUGAAUUCUUUUCCUUUCCCAUUUACAAGCAAGCCUUCCGUCCAGAAUUUCAGACUCGAUUAUGAACUGCGUUCUUGUACCAAACCCCACUAUUGUUAGAAAUGUGGUUUGCCAAAAGUCUCUAAGCUGCUUGCUAUAAAACAGACCCUUAUUUUAUAAUUGAAUCAAGAGCUGUGAUCUCAGGGCUUAGGGAAAAAACAAAAAACCAACCCCCAAACCUCCUCAUUCAGUUUGCUAUUCAUUGAAUCGCUUUUAAUAAUUUGGAAAGAUCUAAUUCAUACUGGAGUUUGGGCUAAAAUACCAGGAAUUAGCUUUUAAUACAAAGGAAAGCAAAGCUUUUUUUUUUUUUUUUUUUUUUUUUUUGGACUCUUGAUGAAGCCUUGAUGAUUCUGGAUGCAUUUACAAAAUUGUUAUUUUUCAAAAGAAAAGAGUGACAAAAUCCUGGUUUUCACUGUCUUACAAAGAUCCUGCUCUGUGUGUCUAAGGGCAAAUGUAUUUUCUGAAGCUUGUUCUUGAAUGUUUUUUAUUGUGCUGCAUUUGAAAAUGUUUUUCAUAGACUUAAAGAAGAAUUUUAAAGCAAAGACUGAACUCGUACCUAAGCUUUUCGUAGGUCCACUUGGAUUGGCAAAAGACAAUGUGCCAUUGAAAACCUGAUUUGUAAGGAGUUUUUUAGAAUCACACUGACAGCUAACGUUAGGGUUUGUCAUCCAGGACUGUGACACUUACCUUUCCAAAGUCUCUAAAGAAUACGGGUCUGUGGUGAGAAAUACAGUACAAUCCUUUUUCACUGUUGUUUGAGUUAAUGUAAAUUUUAUAUAUGUUUCACAGUAUUAAUGUGAUAGACUAGAUGCUAUUAUUUAUUUUUAUUUACUAAGGAGUGCUCAUUAUACUUCUGUUAACAUAUCAAGAAUGCUUUGGAUUUGGAAAUGAAAAUGUUAUCAUGGGGACAUUACUCUUCAAGUGCAAAAAUAUGCAAUCGACUUUGGGAGGGUUCAGAGAUCCAGGCAGUGUAUAUUGUGUAGCUUGUAACUUGUAGAAAGGCUUUUUAAGCGUGCACGCGACACAGCAGGUUGUACCUGUGCAGUUCAGAGACGCACACAAGACCAACAUUCUACAUUCAUUCAAGCACAAACCAAUUGUAUGUUAUUUAUAUGUUGAGUAUUGGUGAAGCAGGAGCUCUGGUAGAGAGAGUGGCUCACUGUGAUUGAGACAGAAGUCAGUAUCUAUGCAGUAAAGAGAAAUCUUAUGAAACUGAAGUUUACUUAUGAAGGGAGGUGAAACUCUCUUUGUUAUGCAUAAGGUCAAUAGUAAAUGUGAGAGUUUUGGCAUUCUCUUAGGAGAAGCAUUAAUUAAAACUGAUCAUU